CAGUCAGAAGACGUAGAAGAAAAAGACUUUAGAAGACGUUCCAACGGCUUUUGCUCUGUCAUCAUGAAAGGUCAAAAUUUAUUAUUAGAUACGGAGAAGGAUAUGUGGAGGUAUUACGGUGGAUUAUCCGUCAUUAUUUUCACAGCAGCACUCGCUGUCCUCAUCUUGGCAUUGGGCUGGAAAAAUGGAAUCAACCCUGAAGUCCUUCUACGAUGACAAAAUGACACGGGAUCUGGAGUCAUCGUUUAACGGCGAGGACUUGGUAUGCGUUAACGUGCAGCCUUCAUUGGCACCGACGUCGCUCGAUAAGAACGACAAUCCACGUCUGCGAAGAAUGCCAGCGGAGGCGUACCGUAAGGGGAAGUCCAAUGUGCGUGCAAACGAAGAUGAUGUCGCAUCCCAUUCAGUUCCUGGUGGCCACGAGAACGCAUCACCCCAUCAGGAUGCAUUCCCUGGUCUUCGUUCAAGUUUCGGCGACAGCGGUGCAGAAGGCAACCUCAAAUGCAAUCAAUCUGUCACAUGUGACAUAUCAGAUAAUCGUUUGUCUCGCUUUGCUCCGUCCCGUGGGAAGACCUCCAGGGUGACCACGAUGUCCGCAACCCGAGCAGCACUGAAAGGAAAGGGGACAUCCGGAGAAUAUCAUGUCCCGCGUUCUGCAAGCGCAUCUGGUACCAUAGGAAAACCAGACCCCAGCAUUGGGGAUAUUCACAGUGGUGCGGAGAUAGAGGUGGCUACCCACGACAGAACUCACAGUGAGGGAAGCUGGACCGAAAACCAGGAUCCAGUACUGCCUUCAUCCAAUGCAGUUGACUCGCGAUGCAGUUUAUCUGUCAUUCCACCAUUCUGGAAGUACGAAGAUGUAUCACCGACCCCUGAAUUCCGCAGUGUAAUCUCACCGACCGUCUUCAUUUCAUCUUCGUACGCAACAUCUGAGGGCUCAGAUUCGUCUUUCUUUCAAGCACGGAUUGAAAACGCCAUUACUGAUUCAGAGUCUGAAACGCUUCAGUCUGCAGAUGUCAGAAGCCUGGAAGACGCUAUCGAAAAAAACAUUCUAAAGCGAAAGUACGCUAAAAUGUCAUCAUUGGGAUGUUCAAUGUUGCCAAAAAAGGAUGUUUCAAGAGAAGAGUUUUCAGUUCGUCAACGUGGAGGACGUAACGCUGUUGGAACUCCAGAUAGUUUAGCUCGAUUAAUUAAGCCAACGUCGAUACGACUGAAAAAGCCCAGCGUCACCCAAUAUCGGGGCAACUCUGCAGCGAGGGAAUCGAAGUAGGGACUGCACAGUCGAGGGUGUAUUCGAAAUCUCAUGGGUACUCACUGAAGUUUGUAGCUGAGUCCGUGUUACAAGUGAUGCAUGAAACUAUAUUUUAAUGAAACUUUCAUAACAUAGACGUGUGUUAGUCAGCAAAAGUAAUGUACCGAAUGUGGCUACGUGAUCUUCUGUUGUAUCUGUUAACAACAGACUACUUAGAAAAUCCCAGGAACCACUUUAAACUCUGGGAAGCUUGUUGUCAAAAGGGAGGAUAAAGUCUGCAAAUAGUAAAUUUGUCUUAGACUUAGUCAUUAUACCCAUAUUGCACAAAGUGUCAUGCACAGUUAGCACGGAAUGCUGCGCAUACGCAACGGAUACUGGGACU